UGGCAUCGCCGCACUCUGCACGUUUUCAAAAGCCGGCCAAAUUCAGUCCUAAACGAAUUCAAAACAAAUCGAAAGGAUCCUUCCCAGCGAAAACCCAGGAUGUUCAUGAACUCCAAUCUCUUCGAGCCGGGUAAAUCGAAGCCGGAGCGGAGCUUCGUCCAAUUGGCGGUGAAGCAAAACCAGCGCCUCGAUGGCCGGCGCUCCAACGAGAGCCGCGAUGUGGAGCUGACCUUCGGCUCGGAUUGGGGCUCCGUGGUGGUGUCCAUGGGCGACACGCAGGUAAUGGCCCAAGUGACCUGCGAAAUGGGCCCGCCGGCCUUGUCUCGCCCCAACGAGGGCAAGAUCCACCUGAACGUGCUCCUUGGCGGCGUUGCUUUUCUGGACGAGGCGUAUAACACACAUGACCAGCGAUCGCUAAAACUGAACUCCCUGCUCGAGAGGACCUUCCGCAGCUCUAGAAGCAUCGAUCUGGAAUCUCUGUGCGUGGCCGCCGAGAAGCAUGUGUGGUGCAUCCGUGUCAACGUCAAUGUGAUCAAUCACGACGGGAAUCUGUAUGACGCCAGCUCCAUAGCCACUUUGGCUGCAUUGAUGCACUUUCGCCGACCGGACGUCACGUACAAGGACGGUGAACUGCGCAUCUUUAAGCAAAAUGAGCGGGAAUUCAUGCCACUGCUAUUCCACCACUAUCCCGUCAGUGUAACCUACUGUGUUUACAAGAGCAGCGGGCAACCAAUACUGGAUCCUACGCUGCUGGAGGAGAACGCCGCCGAUUCGGUGAUUGUCCUGAGCUUUAACUCCUAUCAGGAGCUGUGCAGCCUGACUGCCGGAGGCACUACACCCACAAAUGCCCCCACCGUCAUGCAGUGUGCCCGCAAUGCGGCAGCUCGUUGCAAGUCCCUGCUGGAUUUCGUACGCAAAGCUUUGGCGCUGGACGAAGAGCGUCGAUCGCAGGGCGAUCGAUCGGUCGAUGGACUGGUGGGACUGAUUUUAAAUACGGAGCACAAGCUGAGCUACAACAAACUGAUGGGCAUCCAGAAGCAGCGGCAGCAGCAACCUCCGCCAAGCGAGAACAUAGAGUUGGAUAACGAGAGCAGUGAGACGCCUGUGGCCAACGAAGAGCCGUCCAAUGAGGAAGGAGCUGGCGCUCCCAUGGACACCAGCGACUGGCUGCCUCACGAUGAGGACUCCCAGGAACUGCCCAUGCGCUCGGAAGCAAGCCCAUCGAAGGCAGGCAAAUACAAGACGAACAAAAAGACACGACCGCGGAAGCAAAAUCACAGCGACUCCGAGGAGGAAGCCAGGCAAUUCAUCUAGCCGAUGUGAUGGUCGUGUAGUUAAGAGAAAAUGCUUUCUAUUAAGUUUUAUUUAGGCUUAUAUGUAUGGCUAAAAUCAGUCUAGGCUUUUAACAGAAAUCGUUUAAUGCGGAAUUCCAAUUGAUUUGUGGAACCGAUGUUCGUCCAAGUUAGACUUAAACUAGAGCUCUAAAUAUAUAUGCAACCCGCCGGGGCGAACGACA